GGGCGGAACGAGGCCUCAUUAUGACUUUUGUGACUCAAUGAAGAAGAGCCCAGGCUUUUUUAUGGCUUCGUGACUCACUCGUCUCUAUGUUCUCAAGACUAUUUCAACACAGAGUCAUCUCACGCUCAAGUUCACCUCUUUUCGGUCAGGCACUUUCCAUCACAAGUAUGGCUUCAGAAACAGCCGCGGCCAUCGCGCCAACGGGCGCGACUUACACGCCCAGAUAUGCGGAUAUUGGCAUCAAUCUGGCAGACCCAAUCUUCCGUGGCAGAUAUCAUGGCUCUCAGAGACACCCCGACGACCUCGCCGCCGUCAUUGGGCGGGCGCGAGAGGUUGGCUGCACCAAGCUCAUGGUGACUGGCUCCGACUUUCAAAGUUCUCGAGACGCACUGAAGCUGGCAGAUGAACAUCGUGAGUGGUCUCUCGGUUUGGGUGUGUCAAUGUCACGCACCUGCUCACAGCGUCUAUAGCCGGAACGGUAUUCGCAACUGCGGGUAUUCACCCUUGCAGCAGUUCCAUCUUCAGCUCAGGAGGACACUCUCAUGAGAAUGGACAUUCGGUGCCUUGCGAUCCCGACCCUUCAACCCCUGUUCCUGAGCACCACUCACCCUGUCCCGACAAGUCGUCAAGCGUCAUCGCAGAUCUCGCGAGUUUGCUAGCCGAUGCCAGGUCGUCCGGGAAAGGGCACCUCGUGGCAAUGGGCGAGUUCGGUCUCGACUACGACCGGUUGCACUAUUGCAACAAGACAGUCCAGCUACACUCGUUCAAGUCUCAACUUGAACUGGCUGCCUCUAUCUCCCCACAGCUACCACUCUUCCUGCACUCGAGAGCCGCGCACGCCGACUUCGUGGCGUGUCUCAAGGCCGCCUUUGGAGACAAGCUGGAGAGGCUGGAAAAGGGAGGCGUAGUCCACAGCUUCACGGGGACGCCCGAUGAGAUGCGCGAGCUCAUGGACCUGGGCCUAUACAUUGGCAUCAACGGAUGCAGCUUCAAGACAAAGGAGAACUGCGACGUUGUCAAGGAGAUUCACCUUGACCGGCUCAUGCUGGAAACCGACGGGCCGUGGUGCGAGGUGCGUCCUAGCCACGAGGGUUGGCGGUAUCUGGUUGAGAAGACGGCGUCCGAGGCGCCCGCAGCAAAUGGCUCCGCGACGCCGUCAGGGCCCCCACAAAAACAGCCCAAGAAGAAUCAGAAGAAGGAGCCGGAGGCUUUUGAGCGUUACAAGGUCGUCAAGAAAGAGAAGUGGCAAGAGGGUGCCAUGGUCAAGGGUCGAAACGAGCCGUGCAACAUCGAGCGAGUGGCCAAGGUCGUCGCCGCCAUCAAGGGGGUGGAGCUGGAAGAGGUUUGCGAAGCAGCGUGGAGAAACACGAUACAAGUGUUCGGACUUGGCGAAGAGAAAUAGACCUUGAUUGCAGCGUGUUGAGGGGUAUCAUUGCGUAGAAGUAGAAGUCAUCAAACAUGAGCGGCG